AUUUUUCUCUAUUAGGUCUUCUUCUUGUUUUCGAAGCCGAACCCAAAAGAAAGAAAACCCCCAAACCUUCUCUCUCUCUCACACAAGUCUUGAGAUCUAGCCCUAAAUCGCUCUUCGCUGCUCUCUCGUUUAAUUAGCGAAUUGGGUGAAUUUCUGUGCUUGGGUUUCUGUUGGUUUAGCUCUGCGUGUUCUCCGUGUUUAUAAAAUGUCGGAAGAACCCGAGUAUCGUUGCUUUAUUGGUGGCCUUGCCUGGUCAACGUCUGAUAGGAGUCUAAAAGAAGCUUUUGACAAGUAUGGGAAGCUUGUUGAAGCCAAGGUUGUUGUUGAUAAGUUCUCGGGGCGCUCUCGUGGAUUUGGGUUUGUCACUUUUGAUGAUAAAAAAGCAAUGGAAGAGGCAAUUGAGGAAAUGAACGGAAUCGAUUUAGAUGGACGAACUAUCACUGUUGAUAAAGCUCAGCCUCACCAAGGUUCAGGUAGAGAUUAUGAUGGUGACCGCAGCCGUGAUCGUGGCGGCCGCGAUCGUGACCGUGGUCGUGAUUAUGGAGGUGGCGGACGUGGAUCUGGUGGUGGGGGAGAUUGCUUCAAGUGUGGCAAGCCAGGACAUUUUGCAAGGGAGUGUCCUAGUGGUGAAGUUUCAAGAGGAGGUGGCGGCAGGUAUGGUGGUAGGGAUGAUAAGUACAGUGGAGGAGGUGGUGGUGGUGGUAGCCGCUAUGGAGACCGAAAUGGAGGAGGAGGAGGGCCUGAUCGAAAUGGAGACCGAUACAGCGGGCGCAGCAGGGAUUCUGGUUCUGGUGGUCGUUCAAGCUCUGGAAGCGAUCGUUUCAGUCGUGACCGCUCUGGUCCAUAUGAGCGUCGGGGGACAGGAGGUUUCCGUUCUGGAUAGAAUCGGUGCUUUGGACAGUGCUCCCGAUGGAAGGUGCUGCUCAACUGGCUUUCACCGUCUGCACUGCAUUGAAGUUUCUUCUGGAUAUGUUCUGAUGAUGUCUGAGUGGACUAAUUUCGUUAGACCAGUGUUUUGAAAGUGCGAAUAUUGCAUAGAUAUUCUCCUGUUUUUUGUUGCUAAAUGCUCGACCGAAUGUUUUGAUCCGAUGGAAUUUUAUGCUUGCUUGAUAAUCACAUUUCAAUUUGGCCUUAUA